GCCCACCAGUGCCCAAUGAGCCAGCCUUGCUGCCUUUUGCUUACUUCAGCUUGCUUUUGCUACAACUACAAUCCCACAGAACUUUAACACCGUCCUUUGGAUUUAUGGAAGUACUCAUUGUGUAAAUGAAAACGGAUUAAUAUUUCACGUGAAUAAAUCGUUGACAAUAAGUUUGUCAUUUUCAACAACACAAUGUCGAAUCCUCCGAUAAAUCAACGUGAAAAGCAGUACAAAGAUUUGGAUAAUUUCACGAAGAAAAUUCAUCAAGAAUUAAUGGAUAUUACUUCCACUUUGGGGUGGACAAUAGAAAACACAGAAAUUUUAAGUGAUAACAGACUGGUUUGUCCAUACGAUUCAUCGCACCAAGUAGGUAAGAAGACAUUAGAUCAACAUCUGGAAUCUUGUCAAUGGAAGCAAGAGGGUUACAGUGAAUUUGAUACACCUCUGCCUGAAUCUAGUUUACCAUUAGAUUCAUAUUCUUCGAUAAGAUUAAAUUCGAAGCUACAGAAUGGUAUUCUGCAAGAAGAAAAGAAAAAAGAUCCGACUCUGCGAAUUGGUUUGGGUGAGCGAUUAAUUCCAAGAACGUCGAAUAGAAUCUUCACAGAUUUCACAUGCGAUGAAAGAAGAGUUUUAUAUGAUUAUGCCAUAUCAAACACGGUGAAACCAGAUAUUGGUCAUGACGAUAUCACAGAUAUACAACAAUCUAAAAACGAUGGUAAUAAAGAUGAUAAAAAAUUAUCCUUCAUAGAGGUGCUUAUACAAGAACGUAAUUUAAAAAGAAGAAGAGCUAAGCACAGGGGUGUGCAUACAAAUAAGAAAUCUCACACUGAAAUCCUUAGGGAAGUCAUACAUCAGCAAAUGGAAUUGUACACAGACUAUGUAACGGAUACGCGUUUACCAAAUUCACUGGAUCAUCGUGAAAGCUCUAGCUCUCACAAUAAUGAAAAGUAUGACGAAUUUGACAAAACGUAUGAUUGCUCUGAAAAAGAUUCCGAAGAACGAGAGAAGUCUUCAAGAAGUACAAGCAAAUCGCAUAGGACACAGAAGCACCAUAAACAUAAACGAUCUCGUUCAAGAGAACGUAAACAUCGUGACAGGAAAAGUGAACAUGGAUCUAUGCGGUCACACCAUAAAAGAAAACAUGUGAAGUCUAACGAUUAUGAGGAAUCGUACCAUAGCAAUGUAUAUAUUAAACAUAAAAGGGAAAAAUUAAUAUGAAUUUUAUCUAGAAAUAAAUUUAUUUUCUAAGGGAAUAAAAUAUUUUCUGCA